UAGACAUUCUGUGUUAAAUUGUUAACUAGUAAGAAUGGCUCGUGUCAUUCUCGUUUCGAUGCUGUGCCUCUUUCUGGCCCUAGCCGUAGUACAGGCGGUUCGUCGUAAGUCCUGCGGCGGCAGUUCCAAGAAAUCGUGUACUCCGCGUUAUUUGUGCAAUGUCGGUGAAGUCGAUAAGGAUUCUGGUAAUUUCGUCGGAACGUUUCGAAACAGUAACGAUAGCUUAGAAUGCUCAAGCACGCAAAUUUGCUGCUCUAUUGAGAAUAUUCAAUCAGACUCUACAAAAAAGACUGUGCCAGCCCCAACUCAAUGUGGGCACCACAAUCCUAAAGGUCUCACAUUCUACACAAAAUCCAAGGACUACGCCCAGGAGGGUGAGUUUCCAUGGGUAGUCGCCCUAAUGAGCCUUGAUGAUUAUACUUACAAGGGCGCCGGAUCCCUGAUCGCCGACAACUUGGUGCUCACAAGCGCCUCCAAAGUGAGGGGAGAGGACGAAAACUCGCUCAAGGUACGUGCUGGCGAAUGGGAUAUGAAAACCACUACCGAGCACUACGCCAGCGUGGAAUCUCGCAUCUCUCGUAUCAUACCCCAUAAAGACUUUGAUGGAAGAUCUCCUGCAUACAAUAUUGCCAUACUGGUCCUCGAUCGUCCAUUCCAGCCACGGCCUCACAUUUAUCCCAUUUGCCUGCCGUCGUGGGGUGAGACAUUCGACUUAUCCAACUGCAUUACCAACGGGUGGGGUCAGAAAAACUUUGACGACGUAAGUAACGUGCAUGUCAUGAAGAAAGUCGAAGUUCCUGUGGUUCCUGCCAGGAUAUGCGAGCAAAAGAUAAGUGGGGCUCUUAAGAAACCGUUUAAUUUGCACAAGAGCCUCCUUUGCGCCGGUGGAGAGAAGGGCAAGGACUCUUGCUUGGGAGACGGUGGUGGACCCCUUGCGUGCCCAAUGGGGAAUGAUCGUUCCAGGUUCGUGCUGGCAGGCAUCGUUAACUGGGGCAUAAAAUGCGGCGUGGAGGAUAUUCCGUCCGUGUACACCAAUAUAGCCAAUAUGCGCCCUUGGAUCGACCAGUUUAUGAACAGUGAUGCCAGAACAAACCCAAACGACAUUGACCAUACUACUGAAUCUCGUCCAGUUUCUCAUUCCACCAUAGCAAAACCCAUAUUUAAUCUGCCACCUAAAAAACUAGAACCAAGUUCUACCCCUUCGCCUACCACACCUUCAACAAAUGAAGACAAGGAUAAAGUAUUAGAAUCCGUAGAAGGUAAUGUUGCUGAUGAUGAUGAGGAUGAUGAUGACGUAAAUCGUCUCGUCAACUAAGAACGAGUUAAAGUAAUACACAUUAACGUCAUAAAAAAAAUUAAUGUGUAUUCGUAAAAAAAAUUGUGACCAUAAAAAUAAA